CUUGGACUCCCUUAUGGAGCCAAUGAUACAUGUCAAUGGCCGCCUCCAUAUGAUAAUGUAUGCUUGGGAUUGGCCAAUCAUGAAUUCAGUAUCAUCGACAUGCUGAACAUGGGAGUUAGAGCUGUGGAAAUAGACAACUGGUACUGCGAUGGAGAGAUGCGGAUUGCUCAUUUAGGAACACCGCUUGCCAUUGGCUGCGGAGAGUUCAACGUUCUCUUUUCUGAUGUCAUAGCAGACAUUGGCCAGUGGAUGCAAGAACCGGGAAAUGAGAAUGAGUUCAUUCAAAUCUAUAUCAAUGAAAAAUAUGACCAGGGAAAUGAUGCUGAAGUCAAUGGUCCAAUGGAACGUUAUUUCGGCCAUGAUGCCAUCUUGAGUCCUGCUGACCUGAGAAAUACUUACAACGGAGUUUGGCCAACACUCAGACGGAUGAGAGAGGAUGGUAAGCGCGUCGUAGUAGUAAGCGGAGAUGACACAUUACACCAAGGUAAAUACAUUCAUGUGAAGGGGUGUGACGGGUCAGGAUCGAAUCAGUUCACAAAUUAUCCACAGUGUGGUGGGAAAACGGAAACCAACUGCAAGAGGUUUCGCGGUGAUGCAACCCAUUACGUAUUCGAUGUCAUCUACGACGGGCCCACUGCGACCGGUGCCAUCACCGAUCUAAGUGAGAUGGUGAAAUGCCGCAUCAAUCUCCCAGCUACAGACAUGGUCACCCCACAGCUCAUGAAGACUGCGGUCUAUACUUGGGCCUAUGGAGAACCCUCAAUACCGCUCGAUGAAGAUUCGUGCGUUAUGCUUAGUCAUGAAGACUUUCGAUGGUAUACGUCUUCAGAUUGCGACCAAUCUUUAAGCUACGCGUGUCAAAGUUCAACUGACCCAAAUGACUGGUUGGUAAGCGAAUCGACGGGUCCUUAUGACGUCACUCGAGAGCUGUGCCCCAUUGGCUACAAGUUUAGCGUGCCACACAACGGAUUUCGACAACAGAAGCUGAAAGAAGCAAUGAAUGGAGCCUCAGUGUGGCUGAACUUCACGCCAUGGCUAACGGGCGACUUCCCCAUCACAGAAACGCCUCCAACCGACCCCACCUCCAACUCAGCAAACAUCUUCAAACCCAACUGGACAAAAUAUGUAGUCUCAUUUCUUAUCUUGUUAUUUGGCUUUAUGGAUUACUAAUAAAAGCAGAGUAAGUCUGAAACGUCAGUUGGAUUAGCAAAAUUGUAAUAAUGGCAUCUAUUUUAUGUAAAACAGGUCAAAUCUGGAGAAUUUUGCAUUUCAAAACAAAAUGAAAAAACGUCAUGUGCAUAAUUUACUUAGAGUCCUGCAUUCAGUAGGCCUAUUUAAGAAUUUAUAUAGACUGGUUUUUGUAGACUCAUUAUUUUUCAACAAAUCCAAAAAGUUGGUUCAAAUAAAAUAAUCUCAAUUCAUUUUGCAUGAAUAUUUGCUUUAAGCAACAGCUGAUAGGUUCAUAUUAUAAACAAUAUGCGUUGGUUUAUAAAAUUCUGAAAGAGUUCAUUUUUUGUUAAGCCAAGAUAAUGAUCACGAACAUUUCUUUAUUUUUCUAAAUACUGGGUUAAAAAACCAACGCUAAACAUUCAAAUCAAGAAAUAUAUAUUAUUCAAAAUUCAUUUUAUGUUUUAGUAUAUAGUUGUUAAUAAACUGAUACGUAAACAAAAUAGACUUCAAAUAAAUGGACUAUUAAACUUGAUUUGAUAUGACUUAAAAUGAAAUACAAUGGAGAAAAAUUAAGUAAAACUUAAUAUUUGUGUAACUUUACUGUAUUUUUUUAUCCUGUCGUGUCAAGAUUUGUCUUCACGUUAUAAUUCACAGACGUAUCUUUCCUGGAAUUAAUAUGAUAUAUAUACCGCCAUAAUCAAGAAAACUAAGUUGAUCAAAGCUCUUAAGCAUGUUUUGUAUCUGGUGGUGAGCCUUAAAAUACGAUAUCUCUAAUAUCAUAAAACAUUGCACAUUAUUUUACAAAGAUUCCUCUCAUUCUUGUUUGGGGGAAAUGAAUUUUCCAAUGAUAUUGCAUUCGAAUGAUGACCAAAUCAUUUAAAAUAAAUUUUCGAACUUUGA